AUGGAGAUGGCAAUUUUUUACGACAAUGAGAAGGCAGGGCCUUUCAUGAGGGGAUGCAUAUCUGUCAAGGCUUUGCCUAAGAAAAUAUGUGUGAAAAUGAUUUCCAUCACAAUGAGAGCGAAGGAACUAGGGCAAGAUCAUCCCAGAAAGAUCAUUCAUUACUUAAAAGUGCGAUUGGCUCUGACACUUGUUUCCUUAUUCUACUACUUUCGACUGCUCCACAAUGGUUUUGGUGUCAAUGCAAUUUGGACAGUAUUAACGGUUGUGGUCAUGUUCAAGUUCUCUAUUGUUGCUCUUGUGACAUUUACAAGAUUUCCUCCUGAAAUGAAGACAAGGCAUGAUUCUGGGCUCAUAGUGUUCGAUCUGACCUUCUGCAUGGUAUUCGCAUCGGGUUAUCAAGAGAAUCAGGCAAUCACAAUAGCUUGCCAAAGAGCGUCAACCAUCAUUCUCAGCAGUUUCACCGCCAUUCUCGUGUGCAUCUUCAUUUGCCCAGUUUGGAGUGGUGAGCAGCUUCAAGAUUUGAUCGCUCCAAACAUGGAUAAACUUGGGUUUUUCCUAGAAGAAUGCCAACUGAAGAUCUCUGAGGCCGUCAACGAACUGGCCUUCUUGGCGCAUUUUAAGUGCGCAGAGCCUGGAGCUUUGCGGUCAAUAGAGCGUCGACAUAUGACUCACCAAGGAAGCAUCCAGCUGCUCUCUGACCAUGGGGAUGAAACUCUUCAGCCACUUCUUGAUGAGGAUAUGACUCACCGUAUGAUCACCAUUGAAGGGCAGCCACAGAGUUCCAGCAAAAAUGAGAAUGCAUCGCGACCAGCGGGCGAAAAUGGAUGA